CUUAAGAGUAUUAUAAUUGUAUCUUUAAUUUAUCGCAUUUUCCCGAGGAGAGAAUUUAUCUAAAAAAUAAAUUCAACCAGUGUUCUCUGAGAAAUAUAGGCAGAAAGGUAUUUUCAAAACGUAAGGAGAAAAUGUGUGUAAUUUGCAGUUUGAGCCUCUGUUGGAUUGGUUACAUGGGUGGGUCGAGGUGACGCUCCUUGGAGCCACGAAUACGUCGCAAAGAGACCCGCCCGCUUUCUACUCUGUUAUGGGCAUCCGUCGUGACAGAAUACCAUCGGACUGUAAACAUGGCGGCGUGCACAGCUAGAAGUCUGUGCAAUAUACCACCCUACUAAGUCUAUAGGAUAAAACAAUCAAUUAUGGAGACUGAAGAGGAGCAACAUAUGACAACGCUUCUCUGCAUGGGCUUUCCGGACCCUGUUGCUAUUAGGAAAGCCUUGCGUUUAGCCAAAAAUGACAUUAACGAAGCUGUUGCACUCCUCACCAACGAAAGCCCCGGGCUCGGGUAUGGAUAUGAGCCGAUGGAAAGUGGGCCUGCGCCCGGGUCGGGGCCCGGUGGAGACAGCGAGAAUACUACUCGAACUGGGACUGGAGGGUUUGAUCCUCCACCUGCUUAUCAUGAUGUCGUGGAGAGUGAGAGGACUAGCGAUGAGAAUGGAAACUGCUCUGGAGGGAACAUGGAGUUCCCCACCACCAACCUGUACGAGCUGGAGAGUCGAGUGUUCACUGACCACUGGUCCAUCCCUUACAAGCGGGAGGAGUCGCUGGGCAAGUGCCUCAUCGCCUCCACGUGCCUGGCCAGACUCGGCCUCGCUGAUGCAGAUGAGAACUGCAAGAGGUUCAUAGAGCGCUGCAUGCCUGAGGCCUUUAAAAAGUUGCUGACCUCGAGUGCUGUGCAUAAGUGGGGGACGGAGAUCCACGAGGGCAUCUACAACAUGCUAAUGCUGCUGGUGGAGCUGGUGGCCGAGCGGGUCAAGCAGGACCCCAUCCCCGUGGGCCUAAUGGGCGUGCUCACCAUGGCCUUUAACCCUGAUAACGAGUACCACUUCAAGAACCGCAUGAAGGCCUGCCAGCGCAACUGGGCCGAGGUGUUUGGGGAGGACAACAUGUUUGCUGUCUCGCCCACCUCCAGCUACCAGAAGGAGCCUCAUGGCUGGCUGGUGGACCUUGUGAAUCGGUUUGGCGAGAUGGGGGGAUUCACUGCUAUCCAGGGCAAGCUGAACAUGGACGAGAUUGAGAUCGGGAGUGUGUCGGCCCUGGUCCAGCCGCUGAGUGUGUGUGCUGAGUAUCUCAACUCCAGUCUCGUCCAGCCAAUGCUGGACCCUGUUAUUCACAAGAUGAUCACCUACGUGCAGAAUCUGGAGGAGAAAGACCUCAAAGAUAAGCGUCUGGUGAGCAUCCCAGAGCUCCUGUCUGCGAUCAAGCUGCUGUGCAUGCGUUUCCAGCGGGAACUUGUCACUGUGGUGGACGACCUCAGGCUGGACAUCCUGCUGAGGAUGCUCAAGACUCCACACUUCAGUGCCAAGAUGAACUCCCUCAAAGAGGUGACCAAGCUGAUCGAGGAAAGCACCGUGUCCAAGACGGUGAAGAACGCCAUCGACACGGACCGGCUGUUGGAUUGGUUGGUAGAGAACUCUGUUCUCUCAAUAGCCCUGGAAGGGAAUAUUGACCAGGCGCAGUACUGUGAUCGGAUAAAGGGAAUCAUUGAGCUUCUGGGCAGUAAGCUCUCUCUGGACGAGUUGUCGAAGAUCUGGAGAAUACAGGUGGGUGAGUGGGUGGGCAGUAUACCCGCACCCUUGGGCUCCUGUGAAAGCCCGAUACAUAUGCUGGACGAACCAAAGUCUUCAAACGAGACACAGGUCUCGUUUCUUACUGGCUCCUGGGGCAAGAAGAAACCCAGCUCACUGGCCAAAUCCUCCCAGCAGAGCAACCCUCAGGCCGUGUGGGUGGUGCCUGCCCUGCGGCAGCUCCAUGAGAUCACCCGCUCCUUCAUUAAACAGACCUACCAGAAGCAGGAUAAGAGCAUCAUCCAGGACCUGAAGAAGAACUUUGAGAUCGUGAAGCUGAUCACCAGCAGCCUGGUGUCGUGCCAUCGCCUGGCUGUGUCCGUGUCCGGCACCAACGGCCUCUCGGGCUCCACGCUCGUAGAUGGGAGAUACUCCUACCAGGAGUAUCUUGAGGCCCAUCUGAAGUUCCUGGCCUUCUUCCUGCAGGAGGCCAGCCUCUACCUGGUCUGGAAUAGGGCCAAGGAGGUGUGGGAGUGCCUGGUGUCCGGCAUGGACGUAUGCGAGAUGGACCGGGAGAUGUGCUUUGAGUGGUUCACCAAGGGCCAGCACGAUCUGGAAAGUGACGUCCAGCAGCAGCUUUUCAAAGAGAAGAUCCUCAAACUCGAGCCUUAUGAGAUUACUAUGAACGGUUUUAACCUUUUUAAGACCUUCUUUGAGAAUGUGAACCUCUGUGACCAUCGACUGAAACGGCAGGGAACCCAGCUGUGCGUGGAGCGGCUGGACUUGGCCGGCAUGGACUUCAUUUGGCGCAUCGCCAUGGAGUCUCCCGACGAGGAGAUCGCCAACGAGGCCAUCCAGCUCAUCAUCACCUACAGCUACAUCAACCUCAACCCCAAAAUGAAGAAGGACUCUGUGUCUUUGCAUAAGAAGUUUAUUGCAGAUUGUUACAAAAGAUUGGAGGCCGCCAGCUCUGCCCUGGGGGGCCCCACCCUCACCCACGCUGUUACCAGGGCAACCAAGAUGCUGACAGCCACCGCCAUGCCAACUGUUGCCACAUCUGUGCAAUCCCCUUCCAGGUCAACCAAACUGGUGAUUAUCGAGAGGCUGUUGUUACUGGCAGAGAGAUAUGUCAUUACUAUAGAGGACUUGUACUCGGUUCCUCGGACCAUUCUACCUCAUGGUGCCUCCUUCCACGGCCACCCCGUGUCCCUCCACGUUACCUACGAAUCUACCAAAGACACUUUCACUCUGGAGGCUCACAGCAAUGAGACCAUCGGCAGCAUCAGGUGGAAGAUUGCAGAGCAGCUCAGCUGUCCGGUGGACAAUGUCCAGAUCUUUGCCAAUGAUAGCAUGCUGACAAUGAACCGGGACCAGAAGCUCCUGAACCAGCUGGGCUUCUCUGACGAGCAGAGUCUGACGGUGAAGAGCUCAGGGACGGGCACACCUUCAGGCAGCUCAGCGGACAGCUCGGCCUCGGUCAGCAGCAGCAGCAGUGGGGUGUUCAACUCGGCUUAUGCCCUCGAGCAGGAGAAGUCCCUGCCAGGCGUGGUGAUGGCCCUAGUGUGUAACGUCUUUGAGAUGCUCUACCAGCUGGCCAACCUGGAGGAGCCCAGGAUCACACUGCGAGUGCGGAAGUUGUUGCUGCUCAUCCCCACGGACCCCGAGGUGCAGGAUGCCCUCGACAACUUUGUGCCAAAAGAGUCCAGCGUCUGGAGUCACCAGAAAACGCUCUUCACGUUGGGCUCGGGCUCCCAGGCCUCCAAGUCUCCGUCUCUGUCCAGCAAGCAGCAGCACCAGCAGAGUGCCGCGUCCAUCCUGGAAUCACUCUUCCGCUCCUCCGCACCGGGCAUGUCCACCUUCAGAGUGCUCUACAACCUGGAGGUGUUGAGCUCAAAACUGAUGCCCACGUCUGAUGACGAGAUGGCCAAGACCAGUGUGAAGUCUUUCUGCGAGAACUUCCUCAAAGCAGGAGGCCUGAGCCUGGUGGUAAACGUCAUGCAGCGAGACUCCAUUCCCUCGGAAGUGGACUAUGAGACCAGGCAGGGCGUCUACUCCAUAUGUCUGCAAUUGGCCAGGUUCCUGCUGGUAGGGCAGACCAUGCCCAGUAUCCUGGAUGAGGAGUUCAGCAAGGAUGGCCUGGACACGCUGUCGUCACGGCCAUUCCGCAAUGCGGGGCGACAGGGCAGCCGGCAGCUGUCUCUGUGCGGGACGCCCGAGAAGUCGUCCUACCGGCAGAUGAGCAUGUCAGACCGCUCGUCCAUCCGCGUGGAGGAGAUCAUCCCCGCCGCCCGUGUCGCCAUACAGACGAUGGAGGUUGGGGACUUCACGUCCACAGUGGCCUAUUAUGACCGCCGCAGCUUGCCGCGCGCGUCUUUUUAUAACUUGCCAAGUGUGAGUGAUUUCAUCAUAGACAUCCUGCUGGGAUCACCUAGUGGAGAGAUCCGGCGUGUGGCCUGCGACCAGCUGUACACCCUGAGCCAGACGGACGCGUCGGCCUACCCGGAACUGCAGAAGCCCAACCUGUUCCUGCUGAAGGUGGUGCUGUCUGCCCAGCUACCCCUUUGGUCCCCCACCAGCAUCAUGAGAGGCAUCAACCAGAGGUUUCUCUCUCAGUGCACUGAAUAUUUUGACUUGAGAUGCCAACUCCUUGACGACCUGACCACCACGGAGAUGGAGCAGCUACAGAUCAGCCCAGCGGCCAUGCUGGAGGACGAGAUCAGCUGGCUGGACAACUUCGAGCCCACGUGGACUGCCGAGCUGGAAACCAGCGAGGCCGACAACAUCCUGCUGGCUGGACACCUCCGCCUCAUCAAGACCCUCCUCUCGCUCUGCGGCAACGAGAAGGAGCAGCUGGGCUCCUCCCUCAUCCAGCAGCUGUUGGACGACUUCCUGUUCCGAGCGUCCCGCAUCAUCCUGAACAGCAGCGACCCCUCCAGCUCCUCGGCUCCUAGCCACGACUUCCACCCAAAGUGCAGCACUGUGAGCAGUCGCCUGGCAGCGUACGAGGUUCUAGUGAUGUUGGCCGACAGCUCCCUCACCAACCUGCAGCUCAUCACCCGUGAGCUGCUCUCCAUGCACCACCAGUCUGACCCCUCGCUCAGCAAGGAGUUUGACUACCUGCCUCCUGUAGAGAGUCGCUCUGUGUCGGGCUUUGUGGGCCUGAAGAACGGCGGGGCCACCUGCUACAUGAACGCCGUUUUCCAGCAGCUCUACAUGCAGCCAGGCCUUCCCGAGGCUUUCCUAUCAAUCGAGGACGACACCGAGAACCCGGAGGAGAGUGUGUUCUGUCAGGUCCAGUCUCUGUUUGGGCAUCUGAUGGAGAGCAAACUGCAGUACUACGUCCCAGAAAACUUCUGGAAGAUAUUUAAGAUGUGGAAUAAGGAGCUGUAUGUGCGUGAGCAGCAGGAUGCCUACGAGUUCUUCACCAGUCUGGUGGACCAGCUGGACGAACACCUGAAGAAAAUUGGACGGGAACAGAUCUUCAAGAACACUUUCCAGGGCAUUUUCUCCGACCAGAAGAUCUGCAAAGACUGUCCACACAGGUAUGAGCGGGAGGAGACAUUCAUGGCGCUGAACCUGGGGGUGACGUCCUGCCAGAGCCUGGAGAUCUCCCUGGACCAGUUUGUCAGGGGAGAGGUGCUAGAGGGCAGCAACGCCUACUACUGCGAGAAGUGCAAGGAGAAGAGAACCACAGUGAAGCGCACCUGCAUCAAGUCCCUGCCCAGUGUGCUGGUCAUCCACCUGAUGCGGUUCGGCUUCGACUGGGAGAGCGGACGCUCCAUCAAAUACGACGAGCAGAUUCGGUUCCCCUGGGUGUUGAACAUGGAGCCGUACACAGUGUCCGGCAUGGCCCGGCAAGACUCUAGCGCCGACCACGGCGAGAACGGCCGCGGCGGCGAGGCCUCGGGCGGCUCCUCCCCCCGGAAGAAGGUCACCAUCUCGGAGAACUACGAGCUUGUGGGCGUGGUGGUGCACAGUGGCCAGGCCCACGCCGGACACUACUACUCUUUCAUCAAGGACCGCCGGGGCUGUGCUCGAGGGCGCUGGUACAAGUUCAACGAUAACGUGGUGGAGGAGUUUGACAUGAAUGAUGAGACCCUGGAGUACGAGUGCUUUGGAGGAGAGUACAGGCCCAAAGUGUAUGACCAGUCUAACCCGUACCCGGACGUGCGGAGGCGAUACUGGAACGCCUACAUGCUCUUCUACCAGCGCAUCUCCGACCAGAACUCCCCGGUGUUGCCCAAGAAGAGCCGGGUCAGCGUCAUGAGACAGGAAGCCGAGGAUCUCACCCUGUCGGCCCCCUCCUCCCCUGAGAUCUCCCCCCAGUCCUCCCCACGGCCCCCCAGGGCCAACAACGACCGGCUGACCCUCCUGACACGCCUGGUGAGGAAGGGCGAGAAGAAGGGCCUGUUUGUGGAGAAGAUGCCCGCUUGGAUCUACCAGAUGGUGAGGGACGAGAACCUGCGCUUCAUGAAGAACCGAGACGUGUACAACCCAGACUACUUCAACUUCACCCUCUCCCUGGCCUCAGUCAAUGCUACCAAGCUGAAGCACCCCUCUUACCAGGCCAUGGCCACGGGCAGUCUGCAGCUGGCCGUCCACUUCCUCUUCCACACCUACCUGCGCACCAAAAAGAAACUCCGGGUGGACACUGAGGAGUGGAUUGCCACGGUGGAGGUGCUGCUGUCCAAAAGCAGCGAGGCGUGCCAGUGGAUGGCGCAGUACCUGGUGGGGCCCGAGGGCCGCGAGAUCAUCAAGAUCUGUCUGCUGGAGUGUAGUGUGCGGGAGGUGCGUGUGGUGGUGGCCAACCUCCUGGAGAAGACUCUAGAGAGCGCCCUGCACUUCCAGGACCCCGGCCUUGACUGCCUGCUGGACGCGCUCCUCUCCCUCCUGGACAAGGACGUGCCCGAAAACUGCAAGAACUGCUCGCAGUACUUCUCCCUCUUUAGCAGCUUCGCCCAGAGGGGCGGAGAACCUUGUCAGCUGCUGCUGAAGCAUGCUGCCUACCGCCGCAUGCUCAUCUUCUUGCUGGGACCCAACCGCCAGAAUAACCAGAACCGGCGCUGGAGCUCGGCCCAGGCCCGCGAGUUCCUGCACCUGCACAACACGCUAGCCAUGGUGGUGCUGCACACGGACCUGGGUUCCCACAGAACCGAGGCUCCAGGUGUAUACAAGUAUACCUCAUCCAGUAGCCCCUGUUCUGCCCCACUCCUUCCCCUCCACCCAGACAUCAACACUCUGCUCUUCAAACCUGAGGGACAGCCAUACCUGCUGGAGGUGAUGUUUGCCAUGCGGGAGCUGUCAGGUCCCCUGACUUUCCUCAUCGACAUGAUCACGUAUAGCUGCUUCUGUAAUGAGCCUUUCUCUCUGGGAGUGCUGCAGCUGCUUAAGAACCAGCUGGAGACUGCUCCUCCACACGAGCUCAAGAACGUCUUCCAAAUGCUUCAGGAGAUCCUGAUGGUGGAGGAUCCAUUGCAGGCCAGAAGACUGAAGUUUGCAUUUGAAUCUGACAAGGGGUUGCUGGCACUGAUGCACCAGAGCAACAAUGUAGAUAGCAGUCGCUGCUACCAGUGUGUCAAGUUCCUGGUUACCUUGGCCCAGAAGUGCGCUCCAGCAAAAGACUAUUUUAAGGAGUUGUCUGGUCACUGGAGCUGGGCGGUUCAGUGGUUACAGAAAAAGAUGUCUGAGCAUUACUGGACCCCUCAAAGUAACGUCUCCAAUGAGACCUCCACUGCCAAAACCUUCCAGCGCACCAUCUCUGCACAGGACACGCUGGCCUAUGCCACAGCCCUCCUGAAUGAGAAGGAGCAGUCAGGAAGCAGUAACGGCUCCGAUGGCAGCCCAGCCAAUGAGAACUCAGACCGUAGCCUCAGACAGGGCUCCGAGUCUCCCAUGAUGUUGGGUGACUCCAAGAGUGACCUAGAGGACGUCGACCCCUAACCGCUUUUCUCAGCGUUCAGGGGUGUGAUUUAUUUUUUCGAAAGCAAAAAAAAAAAAAAGAAAAGAAGCAUAAACAAUCCCUCCAAUGGAGAGACAUUGUGGCUUCAAGCAGCCAAUCAAAAGACUGUGUUUGACCUCCAGCAGCAGACAGAUUAAAAAAAAUAAUAAUGGAGGAAGCAGACAAAGCGAGACAGCCAAUCAGAACACUGAACUUCUGUUGCCCCAGUGAUGCUGGAAACGUUUUCGACCCAAGGCGGUCAACACCAACAGACACCAUUCUGUUCUGGAUUAGAUUAAUCACCAAUCACUAUAUCUGACCAUUUGUGGGCUACAACAUUGUUGAUUUUUUUUUUCCUCAAGCAAAAAGUGUUUAGUAGAACACCAAUGAAAUCAGCUCUUAUUGCUUAUUUUGCCCUUUUAAUAUCUCACACUAGAACUACAGGAUGAAAACAGGGGCUUCUUUUAAAAAAAAAAAAAAAAAACUAAAAAAAAAAACAAAUCGGCAAGUGUGCACAUUUGCCAAUGUAAUUAAA